AUGUUUGGUAUCUUUGACAUGGCCAAGAAAGCACCGAGCAGAGGGAGCAAAAUCUACAAGCUUAUCUCAAAACACCUUUUGCAAAGCAAACUACCUCAGGAUGAGGAUGGGAUCUUAGAUGUGAUCAAUGAUUUCAAAGAUCUAUGUCAGAACACUGCAGUCUAUGGAUGGGUGACAAAAUAUUGUGAAGGAAUCUUUCGACAUAUACUAAAUCAUUCAUCCCAUACGGCAAAAGUUUCCAAAACCCUCUUUCAAGAUUAUGGGUUCUUCCGGAAAAUUUCUUUUGCCUUUGCAAAGCUGGACAUGAUUGACUAUAUAAAUCAACAACCCAAUUUUCCAGCCAAGGAGAAGCACCUGAAGAACAUUGAGAGUUGGAAAGAGGAAGCAACCUCAAAAUCAUUUUCUCCAGGAGGUACACAUCUUUUGGAAAGUUUUUACAAAAACAUGGAUUCUAGACCAGAAGAUUAUCUUGAUCAUCAUAAGUUCAUAGCUGCAUUUUUCCUUGUCUUCCCUACCAAGGAGAAUCAUCUUAAAGAAUCUAUUGAAAGGGGAUACAGUUACCACCACCAAGAAGUUGAAAAAUUGAUGGGCAUUUGGUCUAGAGUGUACCCAGAUGGUGUUGUACCAGAUGCUACAUUUGGUGAAUAUAAAUGGAUGCUCUUGGUAAAAAAUCCUGCAUGGCUUGAGAGAGUUAUGCUCCACCAGAUAGCAACCCAGCUGAAGAUUGCAAUGGGACCAUGUAUUAUGGACCUAGUCAAUGUGCUUGCAACUGGGCCAUGGUCAAGCAACUACAUAGGUUUUUCAGCUUCUGUGCAAUAUAAGAAAGUCAUUGAUAAUCUACAAGUGGCUGAUGCUGGUAUUGUAGCUGAUGUGGUUUAUGAACUGAGUCUGAAAUUGGUGUACCACUUGAUAAGGUUCAAAAGUGGAUGUGACAAUGGAUUUUCAGGAAUUUCAAAUCCUUCGAAAGAGAUCAGAACAAUCAUCUACAAUGCCAUAGAAACUUUCACAAAGAUGAGGAAAGCUCAUCCCCCUGUCAAAGGAAAUUUACCUGCUUCAACUCCAGGAUUUGAUCACUUUUUAUACACAGUCAGUGAUAUUUUGGACAGUGGUAAACUUGAUCAUACACAGGAAAAAAUGAUGAUCAAACAGGUGACAGAGCAAUUAAAAUUUAAACCACAAGAUUUUCAUUUGAUUAUUAGUGGGCAACCUUUUAAGUUUGAAUUCAGUGAACCUUUAGAAGCUGAUGUGAGUAACCAGAAAGAUGCAACAUCGGUACUUGAUAUUGAUCAAAAGGGAUCAGGGCCAGACCACACGCAGUAUAUCCUUAAGACACCUCAAAGACCAUCAGGAUCCAAGAUAGCUAAUCUUGCCAAAUAUUUCAUAUGGAAAUAUAUUCCUCCUUAUUCAGCUGGGUUUGAAUCAGUCAAGACAUUAUGA